CGAUGUUAAAGCAGCCAGCCCACCAAUAUCAGUGCUCGCUGUCCAUUCAUCCGUCUGUUAAUUUAGCCUAUGCUGUCUAUUUAUUUAUCAAACUACAUUAUCUAUUUCAUUACUAUCACGCGCUCUGUCGUUGUCUAGAGAGAUUACGUUAUUUCAUUGCCUAUAUAUUACGUAAUGCAACGGUGGCUGGGGAAUCCCAAUACUGAUGGAAAUUAAAUAGGCUACAGAAUGUUCAUACAUUCAAGCAUAGAGUUUUUAACUUCUUCUGUUAAUAGCCUAAUCUGUUCAUAAUAUAGUUUACGUCUGUCAUAUUAUGUGGCUUUUUAAAUACAGUUUGUGGUGUUACGUUAAAUGAAGAAACGAUAGAGUGAGAGACAUUCAGAGAAAGAACAGGACACGACAGACCGACAGCCGUUUGGUCUCGCUCUGGGGGUCGACCGCUACACGUGCACGAGAAACGGCAGAGCAGCAGCAGAGAAAGAGUGACCGGAGAAGGGAUUACUCUUUGUGUACUCCAUAAUUAUUAUUAGUAGGCUAGUAAUCCUACAAUUGUCGUUUGGUGGGUUCGUCAUUAAUAACAGUUUAAACUAUAGGGAGAGUAGAGGAGAACUGUGACACUGUAGUCGCUAUGGCCGCUCUAUCAGGAGGAGAAAUGUGCGUCAAAUACCUGAUGUUCGCUUUCAACCUCAUCUUCUGGCUUGCAGGUACAGGAGUGCUGGCUAUAGGGUUGUGGUUGAGGUUCGACCCAAAGACCAGAGGACUGUUUGAAGGAACAGAAUCUCCCUAUGUCUUCUUCACAGGUGUGUAUAUCCUGAUAAUAGCAGGGUUGUUGAUGAUGGUGGUGGGGUUCCUGGGAUGCUGUGGUGCGAUUCAGGAGUCUCCCUGUAUGCUGGGGCUGUUCUUCUUCUUCCUCCUCAUCAUAUUUGCCAUUGAGGUCGCCGCUGGAAUCUGGUGUUUUUCCAACCAAAGCAAGGUGGUUGAUGACAUCACUCAAUUCUACAUGGAGACAUAUCAGAACUACCAGAACACUCGACAGGACACACUGAGAGAGACACUCCGUCUCAUACAGACUGGGUUGGACUGCUGUGGUACAGGUUCCGUUGUGGACUCUGCCAAAGACACCUGUCCCCCAAGAGACGGGCUGGAUAGCCUCAUCACCAAGAGCUGUCCUGAUGCUAUAGAUGAAUUGUUUGACUCCAAGCUGCACAUCAUAGGAGGAGUGGGCAUCGCUACUGGAGUUAUCAUGAUGUUUGGGAUGAUCUUCAGCAUGCUGCUCUGCUGUGCCAUCAGGAAGUCACGGGAGAUUGUCUGAGGAUGUCAUCGUUACCAUGAUGGCGGCCGUUAAUGUUGCAUGAUGUCAUUCCUAGUCACAUGAAUUUUGUCAACCAAUAGAGAGGCUGUGUGUUGAGAACGGUCGGCCGUUAAUGUUGCAUGAUGUCAUUCCUAGUCACAUGAAUUUUGUCAACCAAUAGAGAGGCUGUGUGUUGAGAACGGUCGGCCUGAGUGCUAGCAGCUGUUCAGGUCCACUGGACAACCAACUGCCAUUUAGUUAGAUCCGCCAACCUCUGUAACAAGGAUCUGCUACACCUGGUUCACCUGGCAUUAAGUGCGCAAGCAUUGCAAAAUAAAUAUAAACAUGCAUGUUGUUCAGUAAUUUCAUCCAAACUGCUUGCACGUAUCAACUGGCGUCUGUGUAGCCAGGCACUAAAAUAGAACUUGGUUCUAUUUUAGAUGCUUGACGUACUGCAAGAUCCGCCUCUCCCAUCUAUUCAUUAGUUUUUACGAGCAUACUAACCCACGUGGGGAUUGAAAGAUGAGGUCCACACUCCAGUCCAGUUGGUGGCAGUAAUGCACAUUGAAGUUAGUUGCCAACCGCCAUAUAAAAUCCACAGAAGAAGGACUAUGAAUGAGGAGAGAUUAAUCAAAGAAAACGAACUAAAAACGAACUAGGUUUUCCUUCAUAUGAGUGGAUUAAUUGUGGAAGUAGAGAACACACGACUUUGUAUGAUUCAAAAUGGGUAAAAAUUCUACAAAGAUCCAGCUAAUAAAAAUAACAUAUGCAUUUCAGGUAAAAUAACAACCUAGUGUUAAUCUCCCAGGACAAAUUAGCUAGAAACAGCAAUCUAGCUAAAUGUCUAUGAAUGUUUCAUGUGUGUUUCGACAUGUCCCAUAAUUACUAUAGUUGGUCGACAGUUGGUUUUGGUAUUUUAACGCGUCUGGUAGGGAUAGACAAAAUCAAUGUUGAGCCGGUUUGGUCAGCAUGUAAUCACAGCGCUGCACAAAUCAACUUGGCUGCUUUUGCACAAUUCUGAUCAUUUUAUCACUCAUUUGUUUUUUGACCAGUCAGAUCAGCUCUGAAAAAGAUCUAAUGUUAUGAAGUGAUCUAGAAUAGAUAAUCUGCGCAGUGCUUUUCUCAGGCUGAUCCUCUCGAACACAGUGAAUCUGCCCAGUGCACAGGUCGACCCUCCUAAACCAUCAUGAUGAUAACAUCAACAACAUGCAUGUCAGUCUUUCCUGGUUGACUACAACUCAUCCUCUCCGUCUCUCUCUCGACCCAAUUUGAAAAUGCCUUGAAGUCUGACUGUUUUUGUAAAGCAGUUUUCUAUUUGUGACUGAAUAUCUAGGUGAGUUGUAGUCAGUUUUACAGCAUAUCUAGGUCUCUUCUAAAUAAUAAACUUUUAUAACACCCUUGCCAUCUUACACUGGACAGGUUGGUUGUUGCACAAAACAAAUUAGCCAAAUAAACUGUAACAUCUGAUCUUCA